GAAUCAUGACAUUUAGUGGAAACAACUUCACGUUUGUUUUGUGUUUAUUUAUUUUAUAAGCAAGUAAUAAAAUAAUUAAAUGUGAAAUGAUGUCUGAUUUUCUAGCAGAGAAUAAUUCAUGUGGUCAGUUCAUUUUAAAUUUAGUUUCUAGAGGUAAUGCGAUCGUAGCAGAAUUACUUAGACUUAAAGAUUACAUUCCAAAAGUUUACAGGCUGGAUACAAAACAAGAUGCCCAAAAAUACUGUGAUAUAAUAUUAGAUUUCAGUUAUUUUAAAAUAUCUGAAAUUCACGAAGAAAGGAUUGAAAAUAAUGAAGCUCUUAGAGACCUCGAUGAAGUAUUCCGUGAUAACCAUAUAGAAAUUAUAAAGAGAUUUUAUUUGGUAUUUGAAAGCAUCCAUGCUUAUGUUACAGACUUGAAUCAUUUUGUUGAAGAACUCAAUGAAGGAAUAUAUAUCCAUCAAACAUUGGAAAAUGUUUUUACUGAUAUUGAAGGCAAACAAGUGAUGUGUGAAGCUCUAUAUCUCUACGGAUUAAUGUUGAUAAUAGUUGAUGCAUUUAUAGAUGGCACAGUAAGAGAACGUUUGUUAGUUUCUUAUUAUAGAUACGCUCCACAAAGACAGGAUACAAGAAGUUGUAUAGAUGAAGUUUGUAAGCUAUUACGUGAUACUGGAUAUUCCCUUACAAAAAAACCUCUCACAUACCCAGAAGACUAUUUCAACCGAAUUAAAAUAAAUUCCACUUAUGUAGAUUAUGUGAUAGGUCGCUUAAGAUCUGAUGAUAUCUAUGGGCAGGUGUCCGUUUAUCCUCUUCCGAAACAUAGAAGCACUGCACUGGCUAAUCAAGCCUCCAUGCUCUAUAUUUGUUUAUUUUUUUCAACUGAUAUUCUACAUUCCCAAACUGCAAUUAUGAGAGAAAUAGUUGAUAAAUAUUUUCCAGAUAAUUGGACUAUCUCUUUAUAUAUGGGGUUGGUUGUUAAUUUAAUCGAAACCUGGGAUGCGUUUAAAGCUGCUAAAUCAGCUCUAAAUAAUACUUUGGAAGUUGUAAAUGUGAAGAGUUAUGCUAUUUCUCAUGGUACAAAUGUUCCAAAUCUUUUAAAAACGACCGAUUUGUUGUUAAAAGAAGGUAACAUUACAGACGAGAAUCUACUAAAAGAUAUAAACAAUAUAAUAACGACGUUAAGGGACUGUAACGUGACGGUUCGUUGGUUGAUGCUUCAUACAGUCUUGAAACCAGGUCAAAAUGAUAAAUUAAAAAAAUCAAAGCAACUACGAGAAUUGGUUGUAACAGAAUCGAAAUGCGAUCCGGAAUUGUUAUUCAAAUUGUUAUUGAAUACAGCACAAUUAGAAUUAGUUGUUAGGGAAUUAUAUAAACAAUUGAUGACGAAUAAGCAAGAUCAGUGGAAUGAACUUAAGAUGGAAACUAAUGCACGAUUACUGGAACUUUCGGAAGUGUUUGGUGGAGUAAAACCUUUAACUAGGAUACAGAAGAAUGAAAAUUUAAAAAUUUGGUUUGUGGAAAUUUCGAAACAAGUACAGUCUUUAUCCCAGGAGGAGAGUAGUUCUUCUAGAAAAAUUGUACAAUUGAUCCAAGCUUUAGAAGAAGUACAAGAAUUCCACCAAUUGGACAGUAACAUGCAAAUUAUACAAUUCCUUACAGAAACUAGAAAAUAUUUGGAUCAAAUGUUGAGAACUAUGAGUAUAAAAGAAGAUAUUCUUAUAAAUUUACAAAUUAUUGGUGAUAUUAGUUACGCUUGGGAGCUUAUCGAUUAUUAUACAAAAAUAAUGCAGUUAGGUAUAAAAAAAGAACCUACAUUAGUAAUAAAAUUACGAGCGGUUUUUCUUAAAUUAUCCUCGGCAUUGGAAAUACCUUUACUUCGAAUAAAUCAAGCCCACAGCGAAGAUUUGAUAUCAGUUUCGCAAUAUUAUAGUAAAGAACUCGAGAUAUACGUUAGGAAAGUUUUGCAUAUAAUUCCAAGUAUGAUGUUCGAAAAAUUAGCUAGAAUCAUCGAAAUGCAAACAACAGUUUUAAAGGAAUUACCUACGAGAGUCGAUAAGGAUAAAAUCAAAGAUUAUACUCAGUUAGAUGAGAGGUUCGAAUUUGCUGAACUAACAAAUUCAAUAUCAGUCUUCAGUCAAGGUAUGAGAAUGAUGAAAAGCACUUUGGUUGGAGUUAUAUGUUUAGAUCCGAAGCAGUUACUCGAAGACGGUAUAAGAAAAGAACUAGUCCUACACAUAUCUAAAGCUCUACACAACCAUCUAAUAUUCAGUCCAAAAUCAAAAUAUGACGAACUCUCACAAAAAUUAACAACGUUGGUUAGUAUCAUGGACGGUUUCAAAAGAUCUUUUGAGUACAUUCAAGAUUACAUAAACGUGAACGGUUUGAAAAUUUGGCAAGAAGAAGUUACUAGAAUAAUUAAUUAUAACGUCGAACAAGAAUGUAACGGUUUCUUGAGACGUAAAAUUCAUCCGUGGCAAAGUUUAUAUCAAAGCAGAUAUGUACCCAUACCGAUAUAUCCUCCUAUAGAUCAGAGUGUCAAUUUUAUUGGUAGAUUAGCUAGAGAAGUCAUAAGGUUAUCCGAUCCAAAGAAUUCUGUUUAUUUGGAUACCACUGUUACAUGGUACGACAGUAAGACCCGCAAGGACCUUAUUAACAAACAAACUAUAGCAUCUAUAGCGUCUGCUAUAGAGAUAACUGGUUUAGUAGGUUUGGAUAGACUUUUCUCGUUCAUGAUAGUUAAUGGAUUACAAAAAGUUAUAAGUUAUUUAGAAAAUAAAAACGUUCAAAACGUUUCUUGGAUUAAUAUAAUCCCUUCGAUACAAAAAGAAAUGGAGCGAAACGAAGAAUUUUCAAAUCCUCUGAAAGUUUAUCAGACCUACAUCAAUCGUUGUACUAAAAUAUGGACUGAAUUUUUGGAAAAUAUCCUUUUAGUUGGACAGUUGCAGUUAUUGAGAAAUUUAGUUGCUUUUUAUUUGAACACUUCUUGUAAAUUUAAUGCGAAAACUUUGGAAUCAUCUCUUAGGGCUAUAAAUAAGGCUCUCCUUAUUGAUAUGGAAACCGAUAAGUAUCAACCAAGUGAAAAUUUAUUAAAAUCAUUUUCAAUCUACUUCGAUUAUGCUGGUUUAAAUCAACCAUUCAACAAAAUAUAUACAACGUCAAAUAACGACCGAAAUCAUGCGAUAACCAUUUUCGUAUUUGUCAUAUGUCAUUUACCGAAGCUGUUUUUACCACAAAUUACAGGAAACAUGAGUAGAAAGAGUCAAGAUCAAAUUGAUGGUAUAAGUUUUUCAACCGGUGUGCAUACGGUCUUAAAACAAUUUCAUACGAAUGUAAAUCGCGAAUUUAUAAAAUACAUAAGCAAUUAUAUUUUGCAACUUACAAAAUGCAAUAGCAGUUCGAAAAAUACAGAACUUCUAAUGGAAGUCAACGUAGCCCUUAAAUUCAUGGAAAUUUAUACGAAUUAUUCCGAAGAAACGAGGAUAUAUUACAGGGAAUUUUUACCAUCGGAAAUACUUCACGUACAACAAACUUUGUGUCCUGGCUCGGUAUACUGAAAUCGUGUCAUACUGUAUACUCAUAUACAAUUGAUCUAGAUAAUAUUUAUUUCUAUAUAUAAGGCGUCGUUAAAAAAUAUGGUGAAUUAUUCAAUUAAAAACAAAAUAAAAAAUGUGAAACAUAAAAUUUUGAAAAAUCCCAACUGUGAAUAUUUCUAAAUCUGGUAGGUAAGGUGGAUGUAGAGAGACAUUGAUUAAAAACUCUUUAGUCACAAGCGACUUACGGCGUGGAACCAUGGAACAGAAACCCAUUCGUCCGUUUUUAAUAUUAUUUUUUCACAAAUCGUUUUCAAAAUUGUGUCCACUGUUUGUCGAACGAACAAGUUUGUCUCUUUUCUUUUUUUGUGCCUUACUCAUUUCCAAAAGUAUGAAGAAAUUUUAAUAUUCUUCAUCAUUAUUAACUUGAAACAAAACUAAUGCGUCGUUUAAGGUCCUUGUUUCACGACGAUAUCACUGAGCCAGAACCGAUUAAAACUUAAACAUGGAGAGUUGAGACUACUAAUAAUUGCUGCUUUAAAAAUUCAUUUACUGUAUUUUUUCAUCACACCUCGUAUAUAAUUGUAUAUAUAUUUUGUUAUUUGAUUAUCAAUAUUAUAUUAUUACCAAUCGAAGUUUUAUUAAAUGUAUGGGAAAACCAUAUAGUUGCAUGAACUGCUUGUUCUUCUAUUACCACAAGCAAAAGAAGAUACUAGAUGCAGAUGACAUGAUAAAGAUGAGAAAACUUUGAACUCCAACUUACGAAUAUACAAUAUCAUAAUGAAUAUGGAAAUAAACAAACACAAGAUUAUAUGAUGGUAAUAAGCCGUAAGAAGAAUAUACAUAAGACGAAAGUAGAAGAAUUAAAUAUAGAACAUGUCACACAAGAUGGAAGAUUGGAACAAGACAUGAAUGAAAGAACCGGAGCAAGUGGAAGAUUAUUCAACUCAAUUAAGACACAGUUUGUAUCCAAAAAGGGCAUAUCAAAACAAAUAUGUAAAAAAGUAUCCAUGUUCAUAUUGACAUUAGCAUGAUUCGCGCACAAAGCAUGAAUAUGGACCUUCGUUGAUACUGAUAGAAAUAAUUAUGGCAGGAGGUUAAAUUGAUAGAAAUAGGACCAAAGGGUGGUCAGGGUGAUGGAGGGUUGCUAAGUAUCAACUCAAGAUGUGACCCACGCCGGAAAAGCAAAAAUGGAAAUAGGUUAGGUUUUUCCAAGGUCAAGGUCAUCGGAGGGGUGUAACCUGUAUCAAAGAAUUACCAAAUUUUUUAUACAAACUUUUCGCAUUCUGGAUAAAGUAUAAAAAUAUCCAGACAGUUUUCUAGGACUACUCUUAUUGUUAUGUAUAUAAAUAAACAAAUCAGUUAUAUUUUCAUAUUUAAUAAAAAACAAUAACAAAUAUAAUACUAAUUAAAACCCAUAAAA